AACAGACCGGACUUGUACAAAUGUGAGUGACAGAAGAAGGGAGCUCGAGCGCACAAUCGAACUCGCCGUAUCUCACCAUUCGUUAUAUCUUGCACAAGCUGCUCGCUUCCCAGGCCUGCCCUGCCCGAUAUAUGAUAUUAAGAUCAUACUGCAUAUCUCAACCUCUCGCCUUGAACUUGACGACCAUCUACUCGACUUCCAUUGCCAGAGAACUUGAAUUGAGCAUUGUGCUUACCUUAUUUACCUAUUAAUUUGCCUUACCGAAAAGAAAAGGACACAAACAAACAUGGGUAUCGUCCACGUCGAACUCUUUGAGUUCAAACCCCUGGCGACACAGGAGGAAGUUCAGCAGGUCUGCGACAAAAUGAUGUCUCUCAAAGACCGCUGCAUCCACCCGAAAACGCACAUGCCGUACCUCAAGACGGCGAUAGGAGGAGCGGAUGUUUGUCCUGAGGGGUUGAGGGGCCGCAUCUCCCACGUGUUUGUGAGCGAAUUCGACACACCCGAAGACCGCAAAUUCUACCUGGAGGAGGACCCGGCGUUCCGGGAGGCUGUGGAGAGCAUCGAGGGGAUUGUGGAGAGGAGGCAGGUUGUUGAGUUUAGCCCGGGGGAGUUUUAAUGCUGGUUGGGAUUUCUUUCAUUUUUUUUUUUUUUUCAUAUUUUUUUCCUUUCUCUUUCUAUUGGUCAUUUGGUGCUGCAAGACAACGUGGACAUGAAGGUUAAAUGAAGAAUGAGAUGGAGAUAGUGGGGAAAGGGUCCUUUUUUUUGCUUUUUCUUCUUUCUUUAUCUUGGAGGCUUUGAUGUUUUGGAUUGGUUGGUAAAGUAUGAAGCCCUGAAUAGGUAGCAAGGCGAAGAAAUAAGGCGGGCUGAAUGAAGAUGGGUGGUACAUAGCCGUCGACGACCGAGGUGCUUAGGAACAUUAUAGCAUGGUCUAUUUAGUCGACACUCCAAGC